AUGUCUGUAAGUACAAAAAGAAUGACUGCGAAUAUUAAGAUUUUGCUUCUAAAAUAUUAAUCAGCCGAUUGGUAUGUUAAUAUUUUACAGGCGACGAGACAGAUAAAGAUUCGUUGUUUCAACAACAUAACCUGUAAGCGUAAUUCAACCUUCUUUCUCUGUUUCUUAUAGCAACAAAAUGCUCACGGUGAACCGAAAGAAAGGAAGAAGAAAGAGAGUAUUCUCGAUCUUUCGAAAUAUCUGGAGAAAAAUAUUAGAGUGAAGUUCGCUGGUGGGAGGGAAGCUGCUGGAAUUCUGAAAGGGUACGAUCCACUUCUCAACUUGGUACUUGACAACACCACGGAAUACCUCAGAGACCCGGACGAUCCUUAUAAAUUGAAUCAAGACACUCGCAUGUUAGGUUUAGUCGUAUGCAGGGGCACGUCUGUGGUACUUAUUUGUCCAGUAGAUGGAAUGGAAUCCAUUCAGAAUCCUUUCAUACAGCAAGAAGGCAAAACUUACGCCUGCUAAAAGUUGAUUUAUCGGAAGUUCCCAAACACCUGGAUAUGCACGAGUGGGACAUAAUUGCUGACGAGUUAUGCAACUGUGUGGAGGUCUGUAGUCCAGUGUGUAAGGCCACACAGGCACGUUGGAGAACGGUGCUACCAUGGACGAGUCGUAGACGAAUCCAAAUUCUGACAUCAUUAAAAACUGUCGAUUCCAACCGCACUUGAUCCAACCUGCUAUAUACGACAUUUAUCAACACUUAAUCCAACUUGGAAAAUUCGUGGUCCCUUACCGCACCAGGCUUCGUCGGAACCAUCCGGACAAUCGACGCUUCCGUCGCAAAAGUACGUAGCCGGGAAACAGGUACCAUCGCCGCAAGCCAAAUGCUUUUCACCGCAGUCACCGUCCUCGAGGAGCGGCCUCGGUGGUUGCGACUCUGCAAAACGCUUGAAGAAUUUCCAAUCACCAUCCGACGCGAUGAUUUCUAUCGCCUGGCUGACUGACUUCCGUCUACAUUCUCUCCCAACAUCUUAA